AAAUUCGUACUUACACAUACUCGGUAAUAUAUGACUUAUUCAGAAUUUCAGUAAAAUAUUUUCUCACUCCUUAUGUAACAUUGUUCUCACGAUAAUAGGCACGCACAUUUAAGAGAUCUAAUGAUUAUUAUUAGAAAAACAUAACAUAAUAUUUUACCUGUUUAGAACGCAUUCGUGUUGACUGCUUGCUGAGUAGCGGGUACAUGUUUUAUGUCUUUCCAAGAAUUUGUACGUCUCAUCAAAUUGCUUCGGGUGUGGAGAUAGACCUGUCUGGUCCACCACACGGGGCUUGUUUCCAAAGCCAUAACAGUUUUCCCCUAUUAUUUAUCGAAGCUUCUAUCCACGACCUGUAGGUAACUGGUCAUCUACAUUUAAUGUUCAAAAGGAUGAGUUCUUAUUGACAUUUGUUUUACCUCACAUCUUGUGCACUGUGCAGCUCCUUCCAGUUGUUUGUCGCCUUCAGUGAAAUAAAACCUUCAGACCAGACGGAUGAGUAUUUUCUCAAGUAGGAGUCAGUCACUCAAAACAAAUAUACUACCUUAAUAGCCUGCUACAAUCUUGUAUAUCAGCUAACCAUUGAUUUGCAUUGUUACUUCUGUUUCUUAUUUUUUAGACCGUAAUACUCUGUCGAACUUCUAACUUUUAAAUAUUGGUAUUUACCACUGUUACAAGUAAUCUAUCCGCAUGCUGUAUGUCUUCAAAUGAAUUACAAUUUGAUUGGGUUGCUACUUUCCUCACAGAUUUGUCAAAGGAUAUUGAUGCUGAGGUUGUUGGUGAAUAUAUUUGUGGCAUAUUAAAUGUUUCUCAUGGUUCGUCAGAAUCACGUUCUGAAAUAGCGGAGUUACUGUCAGCAUACCUUCCUUCUGAAAAAUCAGAGUAUGCUGCUACUGAGAUUAUAUCAAAAUAUGAUGGAAUCGUAUUGGGCAAAGAUAAAGUUGAAUCAUCAUUGUCAUCUACAAAUGAUAUUCAAUCUGUUGAAGAUCAAAUGCGUAAUUUAAUGCAAGCUGAUUGUAUGCGUAUCGUUGAAACUAAGAAAUCAGAUCAUCAUUCUGAUCGAGAUCCAUACACUCAAGCAAUUUUACGUUCAACUGGUGUAUCUGCUUAUCAAAAGAAUUCAGAUGAAGAACGUGAAUUGGAAGUGGCAAUGGUUAAUUCGGAAUUUAUCAAUAAAAAUCGUUCAAAUCCAACUGUUGGUGCAUUGACAACUGGUUCCAGUUCAAAUGGAUUUGUUGAAGUUGGCAUCGGCAAUGAUAGUGAGGAUGAAUCCGACACUGAUUUGGAAGAUAUUGAAAGUUUCUGUGAAUAUGGAAGAAAGGAUGAUGUGAAACCUGGUACAGUUGAAGGUGCUCUGUCUAUCUUAACUUCACUCACAUCAUCACCGUCAUGUGGGCUGAGUAUAUCCAACACUUCUCAAAAUCCCAUCCAAGUCAAGGAGACAUCAUCUCGAUCAUCAUCAAUGAGCAUACGUAAUUCUCAUUCAUCACAUCUAGUCGAUAAAUCAACUAGUCAGUCUCAGAGAAUCUCUUCAACACGUCAAAAACAGUCUAAAAAGUGCCCUCCUCCAUCCAAACAUAUUGCAAGAAUUGGUGCACAAGCUGAAGCCAAACACAAACACAAUACCAAUUCGAAAGCUUCACUCAUUUCAAGUUUGGAUAACGCAGAUCCUAAGGUGUCUCGUUGUAAACGUGAAGAUAUGGAGGCAUUUUUAUUCACAGAUUCGGAUAUUCACCCAGAACCUAUUAAUGAAGAUAUUGUUUUACCUGAAGGUGGACGUAAUCGUGAACGUGUUAUAGAAUGUGAAGUGAAUUUUCGAAAGGCAGCCUCUCUAAAUGCUGCUAAACAACGUCAGGAGAACCUUGAACAACGUAAACAUCAACUAGAAAAAGCUGAACAACGUCGUCAGACAGCAAACAGAAAAGCUCAAAAAGUUGAAAGACGCAGAUUAUAAAGUCUCCAUCUGUGAUUCUUACUAACUGACAAAAGUUUGAGGAAGUGAUAUUUAUGUAUUUGACAAUGUUGAAUAGCUUUUGACAAUCUGACUUUGUUUUUCUAUCCUGCUUUAUCUCUUCUUCAACGAUUUAUCCUUAGUCGAGUCUAUAUUUAUCAUACUGUCUUGUUUUGAACUGAUUGUGUGUGUAUAUAUGUGAUAAUACUGUAUAUAUCUAUUGCAUGUAUAUGAAGGCUUCUUUUUUUUGCCUACCCCGUAAUUUUGACUUACUAACUGACCAACUAAUUUAAUGAACUGACUUCAUGUGUUUGUGAAAUAAAUGUAUAAAGUGUUCGGUUUAAUUAUGUUUUUAAAACUAUGGUAAACAAUGAACAAUUAGCAUAAGGUGUUUAUGGCUUUUCAAGAUCCUCGACACACAUAUUGCAUCACUUUCAUGGUAUCACCAGUAACUAUGGUCAGUCCUUCGGGGAUACUGAUGAUCGACAAACAGUCGCUGAGUAUCCGUAACGUGUACGAGCCAAAGAAUGUAUAUAUGCUAUGAUUUACUCACAUUACAAUUUUUCCGAUUAAAUCUUCCUACUC